AUGAAGGCUUCCACUCUCACCCUUUCCCAUAUCUUUCUCCUCGCAGCUUCUGCUGCCGCCGCAGCCACUCGCGGUCAUGGACUCGCUGCUCGAGUGGCCUCGCGGGCCUCGCGGGGCGGGAUGACGCGCCUGACACAUCCCAAAAUCCCUGCCAUGAACGUGGACCACGAUCAAGUUGAAAACCGGACGAAUGUCGACUACAGCUCGAAUUGGUCUGGCGGCGUUCUGACUUCACCUCCGUCGGGGACGACUUUCAGCUCGGUGACUGCAGAAUUUACCGUUCCGGACCCAUCGUUGCCCUCGGGAGCCACGCAAGAUUGUUACGCCUCUGCCUGGGUUGGCAUCGACGGUGAUACUUACACAGCUGCCAUUCUUCAAACUGGAAUUGAUUUUGGUAUUUCGACAUCUGGUAAGGUUACCUACGAUGCUUGGUACGAAUGGUAUCCCGACUACGCCUACGAUUUCUCUGGUAUCAGCAUCAGUACCGGAGACGGUAUCAGACUCACCGUCACAGCAACCACUACAAGUGCCGGUUCAUGCGUCAUCGAAAACUUGACGAACGGACAAUCAGUGACCCAAAGCCUCACAGCCCCGUCGGCAACGGCUACUCUAGGAGGCCAAAAUGCCGAAUGGAUCGUUGAAGAUUUUGACUCUAAUGGUAAACAGGUGCCCUUUGCCAACUUUGGAACGGUAGCAUUUACGAAAGCUGCUGCUGGUACUGCUGAUGGCAGCAGUGUUGGUACCGGUAACGUUGAUAUUUUGGAUAUAUCUCAGAAUGGCAAGGUUUUGACAAAUGCUACUGUUCCUAAUGACUCUGAGGUGGAUGUUCAGUAUAUAUGA